GAACAUUUCCAUACCCCUUCGGAAGCAUCGCUAUUUCUGGUUCUCUACCUCCUUCUCUGCAUUCUAGACACUUUCAAGAUGACUGCCGAAGUCACUGCCCGGAAAUGUAUCGGUGUGGAUUGCGAUAAGAAUGCUGGAACGCUACAGUGUCCAACUUGCCUUAAACAAGGGACGGAUAGCUUCUUCUGCUCGCAGGACUGUUUCAAAAAGAGCUGGAGCGAACACAAGACGAUUCACAAGAAGAGUAAUUUCCUGAGCAACCUCUUUACACCCAAAGUAGUUUCUGAACCAGAUCCAGCCACGGGGCUCUACAACCCCUUCCCUUCCUACCCUUUCGCCGGUGACUUGAGACCCGUAUAUCCGCUGUCCCCCCGGAGAACCGUCCCCAAGUCCAUCCCUCACCCCGACUACGCCAAGGAUGGUAUUCCCCGGUCCGAGCAGAAGUUCGUUGGUCGUCACAACAUCACUAUCCUGAACAAGGAGGAGCAGGAGGGUAUGCGCAAAGUGUGUCGCUUGGCUCGUGAAGUUCUGGAUAUCGCUGCACGGGAGAUCAAGCCUGGUGUCACAACCGACUACAUUGAUGAGGUGGUCCACAAAGCUUGCGUUGAGCGUGAUUCCUACCCCUCGCCGCUCAACUACGUCAACUUCCCCAAGUCGGUAUGUACCUCAAUCAACGAGAUUAUUUGCCACGGUAUCCCCGAUCAGCGCCCCUUGGAGGACGGCGACAUUGUCAACAUCGACGUGACCCUGUACCACAACGGCUUCCACGGCGAUAUCAACGAGACCUACUACGUCGGCGACAAGGCCAAGGCCAACCCAGACGCCGUCCGAGUGGUGGAGACCGCGCGAGAGUGCUUGGACCAGUCCAUCGCGCUGGUCAAGCCCGGCAUGCUGUUCCGAGACCCCGGUAAUGUGAUCGAGAAGCACGCCAAGUCCCGCGACUGCAGUGUGGUCAAGAGUUAUUGUGGUCACGGUAUCAACCAGCUCUUUCACUGCGCUCCCAACGUUCCCCACUACGCAAAGAACAAGGCGGUCGGCACGGCCAAGCCCGGCAUGUGCUUCACCAUCGAGCCGAUGAUCAACCUGGGUACUCACCGCGACCGUACGUGGCCGGAUGACUGGACCAGCUCCACUGCCGAUGGCAAGCUGUCCGCUCAGUUUGAGCACACGCUGCUGGUGACGGAGGAUGGCGUGGAGGUCCUGACCGCUCGCCUGCCGGACUCGCCUGGUGGCCCCAUUCCCAUCCCCGUGGCUGAGGAACCCAAGACAGACGCAUGAUUUUCAUUGUUGUCAGAGAGAUAGAGUAGAGCAUUCAUGAAGAGAUUCUGUAACGUCCAUGUAAACGAAUCGGUGUGUUUUUCUGUCCUUUGAAUAUCGGCG